GCUGCCUCCGUGCCCACCCCGCCCUCUGCCACGCCCCCACCACGAGCUUUGCACUUUGGCGCCCGCGCACUUCCGUGGGGAGCUCACUGCUUGAGGAGUCAGUUAGAAGCUGCUCCUCAUUUGCAGACUUUCCGGGUGCCCACCAGGCUCCCGGGCUCUCACCGGAGACCACAGGGAGGAGCUUCAAGGCACCCCAAGUCCCUACAGCCUCCAGCAGUGAAGACUUCCACAAGGGAGUCUUCCUUACAUCACUGAAUAAUGAAUGAGGAUGAGAGAGAAAAAGAGAAGAGACAAAGUCAAUCCAGAAAGCCCUGAAAGGAAAUUAAAUUCGAUUCCACCAUUUCAUACCUAUGAUUACUUCAACCAAGUGAUGCUACAGUUAUUAGAUGGCUUUAUGAUUACACUGAGCGCAGAUGGAGUGAUCAUUUAUGUGGCUGAAAACAUCUCUUCGCUUCUUGGACAUUUGCCAGCUGAGAUUGUGGGCAAAAAAUUAUUAAGCCUUCUGCCUGAUGAAGAGAAAGAUGAAGUCUACCAAAAGACUGUUCUCAAAUUUCCUUUACUAAACUCAGAAACACAUAUUGAAUUUUGCUGUCAUUUAAAAAGAGGAAAUGUUGAACAUGGUGAUAGUUCUGCUUACGAAACCGUGAAAUUUAUUGUGAAUGUAAGAGAUAUUUGUAAUGAGUCUCCUGUGGUCUUUAGUGGCUUCUUUUCCAACCACCUCCGUGCUGGCUUGUCUGCUGCAUGUAUUCCUCAGGAGGAUCGGUUUUAUCUUGUGGGAAAUGCUUGCAUUCUCAGGACUCGGCUCCUGCAGCAACUUUACACUUCAAAGGCAGUCAGUGAUGAAGCUGUACUUACAGAAGAUUCAGAUGAGGAACCUUUUGUGGGAGAGCUCAGUAGCUCUCAAGGUCAAAGAGGACAUACUAGCAUGGAAGUCACGUAUGUUGAACCUGCUGCUGCUGCUGCUGCUGCUGCUAUCUCAGACGACCAAAUCGAUACUGCAGAGGUUAAGCAGCAUGGACCACAAGAAAACGUUGAUAUGUUUGAAGAUUCUGAUUCAACUUAUUGCUCCAGCACAGUUUUCCUGGAUGCUAUUCCUGAAUCUCCAGCCUUAGCCUUGCAAGACUUUCAAGGUGAUCUUGAGGUGAAUCCAUUGUACAGGGCAGACCCAGUGGACCUGGAGUUCUCAGUGGAUCAGGUGGACUCAGUGGACCAGGAAGGCCCAAUGGACCAGCAGGACCCAGAGAACCCAGUGGACCUGUUGGACAAGGCAGGCCUGAUGGAUCCAGUGGACCUGGGGGCUGCUGGCGCAAGUGCUCAGCCAUCACAGCCAUCAUCACUGGUUGCAUAUAACAUCAUUAGCCGGGAACUGGAACUGAUGAAGAAGUUGAAGGAGCAGCUAAAAAAGAGGACUCGGUUGCUGCAUGAUGCCAUCCAAAACCAGCAGAAUGCAGUGGAAUUGAUGAUGGAUCAGCUUCAGAAGCUGCCAAACACAUUACACCACAUUGUCAUUCCUGAUCUCCAGUCUUCGGAGGCAGUGCCCAAGGAACAACAGAAACAACACGCUGGGCAAGUGAAGCAGCCUCUCCCACAUCCCAAGGAGGUCAAGUGUUUCUGUGGUUUAUCUUUAUGCAACUCUCUCGAAAACACUGGGGAGCUUCAGGAGCCUUGUGUUGCCUUCAACCAGCAGCAACUGGCGCAGCAAGAAGAACGCCUGAAGGAGCAGCAGCGGCAGCUGCGAAAGCAGCUGCAACAGCUGAGGGAGCAAAGAAGGGUGCAGAAGCAGAAGAAGAUGCAGGAGAAGAAGAAGCUGCAGGAGCAGAAAAUGCAGGAGAAGAAGAAGCUGCAGGAACAGAGGCGGCAAAAGAAGAAGAAGCUGCUGGAGCGGAAGACGUGGCAGGGGCAGAUGCCACAGAAAGAGCCAGAGGAGAAGCAGCAGUUGCAAGAGCAGCCACUGAAGCAUAAUGUCAUCGUGGGGAAUCAGAGGGCGCAGAUAUGCCUGCAAAACCCAAGUGACGUAUCUGUGCCCCUCUGCAAUAACCCUGUUAGAUAUUUGCAGACCCAACCCAUUGUUCCUAUCCAGAUAGUAGCUGAACAACAGCCCUCUGGCUUCUAUCAAGAUGAAAACUGGGGGCAACAGGAAGAUGAGAGUCAAAGGUUUUAUCCUGAGGCAUAUCAAGGGCCCCCCAUGAACCAGCUGCCAUUGAUGGAUACCUCAAACUCUGAGGCAGUUUAUUCUUCCAGCAUUCCUCAGUUUCCCGUAACUUCAAACUCAACCUUAAGCACCCUGGAGACCCCACAGGAUUACAUCCGGCUUUGGCAAGAGUUGUCUGAUUCACUUGGUCCUGUUGUCCAAGUGAAUACCUGGUCUUGCAAUGAGCAGGGCACCCUGCACGGCCAACCCACCUACCAUCAGGUGCAAGUGUCUGAGAUAGGAGCCGAGGGGCCUCCCAAUCCACAGGCUUUCCAAGGCCCUGCUGCAUACCAGCCAGAUGAGAUGAGAUACUUGAUGCCUGCGGAGCAACGUGACUCAAAUAACCAGCGCUAACAGUACUUUCAUGACCAGCGAUGAGGGGAAAUGGGGGGAGGGGCCAGGCCAAUGAGGUCUGCAUGGCCAGGGGACCUUCAAGGUGCAUAAAGUCCCUUAGGGUAGGGGUUAGUAGGUGGAGACUUACUUGUUUCCUGAUAGGUUGUUUGUAAUUGUUUGUUAAGCACAGCCUGUUUCCUGAAAGUUAUGCUGCAGAGGCAGCCUAUGAUCCGUAGUAUGCUAGGGUGUGACAGCAGCCAGCCACAGCUGGAUCUGAUGUCUUGUCUGCCCUGCCCAGCUUUGCAUAUCCAUGUUCUACCACAGGAAGGGGGCCUGCCAAGAGUCUGCUCAAAGUUUUCAACAUAAAGAAAAAAGAAAAAAAAAUGCCAGAGUGCUUUUCAAUCUAGUAAAUCUAGAGGGUGUUUCGUCUUAGCCACAAGAAUUCUGAGGUCUUGACCCUGAUGAUCAAGCCCUGCCUCCCCUCCAUAGUCUUGUUGGAGAAGCCCAGAGAGAAUGGGACUCCAACUAAGGGAACCUGAAAUCAGCUCAAUGGGGAGGCACUUCAGAGCUAAAAUAAUUAUGGCUUUCUUGCUUAAUAAACAUUUUCGUUCGCUGCAA